CUUGAUUGCUUUACCUUCCUCUCUCUCAGCUCUGUUUUUCUUCUUCUCUCUCUAUUAUGACUUGAAUUCUAAGUAUGAUUAUCUUUGUUCCCUUUAAAUCAUAAGAAAAUAUUCUUGAUUUUUCCACUUCUUUCAAACUCAAACGAUAGCUACACCACACAUAUAUAUAUUCCUCUCCCAUCUCAAUAUAAGCUAUUAUAAUUAAGCUCAUAUUUAUUUUUCUCAUGUCAGAGUAAUUCUUUCACCGAUCAACAAAUUGUUCACACACAUAUACACACAUAUAUAUAGACAAAUAAACACAUCAUUUUCUUGAUCACAAUCAAUAAAAAAUGGGACGACAUUCAUGCUGUUUGAAGCAGAAGUUAAGAAAAGGUCUAUGGUCACCUGAAGAAGAUGAGAAACUGUUCAAUUACAUUACUCGUUUUGGUGUUGGUUGCUGGAGUUCAGUUCCUAAGCUUGCUGGUUUGCAAAGGUGUGGGAAGAGUUGCAGAUUAAGAUGGAUAAAUUACUUGAGACCUGAUUUAAAGAGAGGAAUGUUUUCACAACAAGAAGAAGAUCUCAUCAUUAGCCUUCAUGAAGUUCUUGGAAAUAGGUGGGCUCAAAUUGCAGCACAAUUACCAGGAAGAACAGAUAAUGAGAUUAAGAACUUUUGGAAUUCAUGUUUGAAGAAGAAGCUAGUGAAGCAGGGAAUUGACCCAACUACCCACAAACCAUUAAAUAGUGACAACAAUACUAGUAGUAUGGAAGCCAAAGAUAAGAAAAAUGGUACUACUAGAGACCAAAAAGACUCCUCGGUGAUCAUACCCCAAUACCAUGAUCAUCAUAAUCAUCAUCAUCAUCAAUCAAACACAUUGGCUUCAAAUCAUGGCCCUACAUUUCUCAUUUCAGAUGCAACUACUACUUACUAUGAUGCCUCUACCAAUGGGGUGGUACUAAUUACAGAAGCUUGUUCAAAAGAUCAGACCAGUUUGAUCAUCAACAAUAAUAACAAGCAUCAUCAACAACAACAACAGCAGCCGCCGACAUCGUCGAAUUUCGAUUCGCCGUUGUCAUAUUUCGACCAAUUCACGACGAGUAGUAGUACUACUAUCGAGCCGGUCUCAGGCUGCGGUGGUGGUGGAGGCGGUGGCUACAGCUCCGAUCAACUUGUUUCUCAGUUUCACAAUUCAGCAAGUGGUAUUAAUAUUAGACCGUUAUCUCUGAUAAGCCAGCAGAACCACCAUAGCUACGGCAGCUGUUUCGCUUCAAUGCCGAGCUUGGCGAGUUCAGGAGCAGACUUUUCGGACAAUUCUGGUUCGAGGGUCAGCUCCUUUUUCAUGAACGAGGUUAAGGAAACAUCAAGUAACAGCUCCAACGUAAGUAACUAUGCUGGUUUUCAUCACAUGAACAACAACAACAACAUGGUUGCAGAGACUAAUAAUAAUGGAGCCUUUUCAACUUGGGAUGCCGAAAAUAAAUUGGAGUCGUUGAUUUACGAACAGUUUCAUCAUCAUCAUCAUCAUCACGACCAUGGGAAUGGGAUAGUAAAGUCAGAGGAGCAACUCGUGACUCGGCCGAGUUCUUGGCAAGAAUCGGGACAUCAUCAACAACAACAACAACUUCUUGUUCAUCACAGCUCUGUAGAUUUUGGUAGCUAUCCAUUAACGUCACUGUCAGAAGAUUUAACAGGUGCUAAUUUUGAUGUCUUCCACCAAAUUUAAAACUCCAAGUAUUAUUAAUGUAAAUUCAUUCUUUUUCACUUUUUCUUU